CCUGGUUGUGUUUGAGUAGGUCAAGUAGCAGGACUUGUUGCGACUUUCGACUAAGAAGCUUGUUGUCGAUAGGUGUUAUACUCUUAAAAGCUAAGUACUAAAUGGCCUAUGAAACGAUAUAUUCGAAUCGAGAUAGUGGACGGGACUAUCGUAACGGUUCUCGCCAUGCUGAACAUGCAUAUGAAAAUUCCGUUUCAAGAAAACGUUAUCGGGAUGUUCCAUUCCAGUCACGAAUGCCUUUCGAAAAUGAUUUAAAAGAUAGGGAAUAUGACUACUACAAUCCAAACAAGGAAUAUGUUUCCCCCAGUAAAGAACUUCGACGUAGUAAACAUGAUGUAGAGAAGUUUCGCCAAGACCCGCGGUACAGUCGUGAUUCAAACACUAGUCCUGUUCCGAAAAAACGUAGUAAAAUGGACAGUCGAGUCGAAUCAUCUCCUCCCAAACCAUCUCGUGUACUUGGUGCUUUUGGAUUGUCUAUGCGUACCGAGGAACGGCAUUUGUAUGACAUAAUGAAAAAGUACGGCGAAAUAGAGGAGAUAAAACUUGUUCAAGAUAAUUUAUCUGGGCGUUCACGUGGUUUCGCGUUUAUAUAUUUUCGGUCUAUUGAAUGUGCUCGUUCAGCGCGCGCUGCAUGCGCUCGAGGUUUGGAACUACAUGAUCGUAUUGUUCGCAUUGAUUACAGCUACACUGAGCGACCACACAAUCCUACACCUGGAAUAUAUAUGGGCAAAGAAAAACGGUAAAUUUUCAUAGUACAAUAAGGAUGGCUUAAAUAUUAUUCAUGCAUAUAUUGUAAUCUGUGGUUUGCGUAUUCUUUGUGUUGUCGUACAUUUGCACCCCGUUUCAAUUAUGUGCUUCUCUAGCUUUCUUGUUCACUGAUAUUGAUAAUAACUAAAAACCGGGAUUUGGUUUCAGCUUUGGAUAUGAAAAUAACUUCAGCUAAUCUACAGUUGUCCAUCUGUUCGUAAAUGAAAUACCUAUCUUUCUAUAUAUAAAGAGUGUUUAUGUUUGUUUCUUCAUACAUUUUGAAGAUACAUAAGGAGUACUGUACUCAUACUGAUGGUUUAUUAAAAAAUACUCAACACCAGACAGAGAACCUGGAAAUAUCUAGAUGAAGAUUACUGAAUAAAAGAUGCAAAAACUAUUUCUAACGGAUUCAUCUUGUUCUUGAACAUCGUCUCAUCAUAUCCAGUUUGUUGUUACUGUGUAUCUAAUGUCCUUUACAAAUUUCAGAACAGUGUUAUCAAGAAACUACAUGUAGAGGAAAAAGUUAAAAUUCCAACACAGUUCAUCUACUCAACACUCCACAAUAACCUUACAAAAAGGGAAAAUAAAUUCAAAAACAUAAUCAUUCGAAUAGGACACAAGAAAUGUCAUCUCUCUGUGUGUUAAGAAGAUUUACUCAUAAGAAAACAAUGUAAUGACACCCCAUUGAUACUAAGACCGGGAAAUACUGAAUGGAAUUCUUGUCAAUAAUUUUUGUUGACGAAAUAUUUUUUCAUUGAUUGAUUUCCAAUAUCUCAACAAAUUCCCACGGAAGACUCAAAUUUCCAUAUAUAAAUUUAUGAUCAACAACCAUUGACUUCAUGUCUUGGUGGUUAUAAUGAAUACAUUUUUCCUAAUGACCUAAUCACACUAGUCAAAAUCUUAUGUACAGAUUACUUAACCAACAUUUAUGUUGACUAGUUUAAAUUUAUUUCAAAACAUUUAAAUUAAAAUAGCAAGAUUUGUGAAACUUUUCGUGUAUUUGUGUAUGUAUACAAGACAAUAGUGCGACAACCUAAGUCAGCCAGCCAUAAUCACUGUUAAACUUGUCAGACUUUUGAAUCUAUGUAGGUUGCCAUAACAUGGCUUUUAAAUGAGUGGGAUGGAUAAGGCAUGGUGUCAUAUUAAACUCAAUAAUAUGUAUGCUAAUCUACUCUAUUUUAUUGUAAAUUUCCAUUUUGUUAACCUCCAUCUGCGUAAAACGUUUCAGAUGAGAGAGAAAACUUACGCAUUGUAUCUAAGGCAUCUUACUUUUUAUUUAUGAAUUAAUUUCAUAAUGAAUCUAGAUGAAUUCCAACCAGAUAUGAAUGUUAAAUGGGAAUGCAAGAACUCUUAAAACACCACAAUUGAUUUUUACAUAAUUUUUAUGAAAUACUGAUGAGUCCAAACCAAUAAAUUAUUUAUAAGUUUACUCACUAUAUUUUAACAAUUUUUGCAAGAUUGUUUACAAAUCAAAGAAUACAAAAUAAUUUUUCGCUUUUAGAAUGAUUACUGUGAGAAUGGUUAACAAGCUGAAUACAUAAAAUAUAAAACGUCUAAAUCAUCUCAUUUGGUAAACAUCAACUCUAUGUAGAAGUUGAUAUUCUUGUAUACUAUGGAAUAGCUGUGUCUGUCAGUCAUAAUUAAUGUAGAGUCGGGCAAAAAUGUAGAUUGAAGCAGAAAUUAACAAGCUAAAUGGCAAAAGAACCAUAAUCACUUAGUAGCAAUGGUAAUGCGAAAAACUAAAUGUCGAGAAUACGAUAUAAAAUGACAAAAUGGAAAGGUAUAUAUGAAGCAACACUGGGACUCAAUAGUAACAAAAAACAAAAUGAACGCAUCUGAGUCACGUCGCACAAAGUCCUCAAUAAUCAGUAGUCAAAGUAAAGAGAUACUAAACUUCUGCAUACAACUCAAUGCUACGUAAAACUAUCUAUCUUACAACUAGUCUUCAAAUUUUCGGUCGGUGUCGUGGCACGAAGUCAAGCAUGUGACUAACAAUAUCACAUCAAGCAUCCCUUCUGAUAUCUUCAAUACUUAGUUAACAUCUCGUUCCUGCAUGUUCCAUGUACUUAGUAUACAACCUAUGAUACAGUUACCGAAUAAUGGAUUAUGUUUCGUUCUCAAUAAGUGUACAUAUGGCAGUUUCCUACUUCAACAUUCACCAAAAGGAAAGACGCUAUACCUCAUGUGGAGUUUUGACAUGCUCUGAUUGGACGUAAAAAGCCAAAUUUAAAUAUCCAGAGGAUAGCAAAUCUUACCUCAACAAUUAUUUUAAGUGUAAAGGCCAACUUUCUAAUUUAUAACAUACGACUGAGGAAAAUGCAAGAUCAAAUCAAGAGGAUCUUACAGAUGCCAGUUUGAUGACAACAUAUACAACUCAAAAUUUCAGAAUCCAAUAGUUACUCAACAUAAACAAAAUGAAACUGGAUCCUAUAUGCAACAUUUUCAACAUGUUUUCAGUUCUAUCGUCCAAAACUUAAACAAGACAAAACACUGAAUUUCUGCUGUACAUUAGCGUUAACAUUAUGUUUCAUGGUUUUUCGCGCUGAUAAUGUUUUUAUAUCUCAGCGAACGUGAAUUUUCAUUCAUAACUAAGACUAUUUCAUCUCAUCGUUAUUGUAGUUAUCAAGCAGUUGAAAAAACUUUCUGCAGUUUUACUAAAUAUGCUUUGGAUUUGGAAAAUAAUUAUUAGAAGCUGUUGUCACUGAAUCAUCUUUUCAUUGCCUAUAAAUCGUUCGCGAAUUCAAGAGUGUGACUUGGAAGUGUUCUAUAAUUGACAGCAGCGAUAAGAAAGCAAUUCUUUCAUCUUGCGAUAUUAUUACAUCAGUUUCGUAACUACAGAUCUUAAGCAUUGUUCUUGUGCGGAAUUUCGAAUCAUCUAGCAUAAAAAGUACUCUUAAAGAAACCUGAUUUUUUUCAAAGCUUCCUACCUGAUAGGGAAUUCAACAUGAAAAUAACUUUCAUCACGCUAAAAAAUGAACACAUUGCCAUUAUUUAGUUAAUAUUAGGCUGAUAUCAUUGUUCGUCUAGUAUUUGCGUUUAUGUUCCUGUACUAAGUUUCCAGUGUGCACCAGACAACUAUUAUCAGCUUGAAUUUAACGGGAAUCAAACUCCUCAUUCAGUGGUUAGUAACAUACUGUCUAGAUUAUUGAUCCAUGGUUUCAUUAAGGUAGUUAGAAUUUAUUAAAAAUUUACAUCACGCACAUGAACCCAUAAAACUUAUGAGCUAUAGAUAAACAUUUUUUAGGUCCAGUUACUGAAAUCCAGUAGUGUCAGUUUUCUCAGUAUUCUCGUUUUGUAUUACAUACUUCUUGUACAAAAGUGACAUCUGUGCAUAACACGGUACAGUUUAGUCAUAUUUACUAUCGAGUUUGUAUGAUUGGUUUUAGAAACUAAAUUUUUAAGACCAUGUGUAUUCGUUUUUCCUAAUCUCUGAAUUGCCUGUCUCAGUCAUUUUAAACAUUACAAGUCUAGAAUUUUUCUAUAUUUGGGACAUAUCGACGCAAGUAUUCUGAAAUUAUUCUUUUAGACUAAAUCAUGGUGAAUCUGGACGCCGGUCGAACUUUGCAGAGCACCAGAGAUCCACGUACGGGGAUAGAAAUUCCAGACCACGUCCUUCUCAAAGAAUAUCUCGACGUCCAACAGGUGAGCGACCCGAUCGUUACCAUCAGUCUCCAGAGGAAAACAGCCGACCUCGUAAUUCGUUAGCAUACAAUUCAAAUAGCCGUAGUCGCAUAGUGAGAACAAACAAUGGUGUCCAACAAAGUCGUUCUCGUCAACCACGUUCUGAUGUGAUGCGUAAUGCAUAUAACAUGCGACGCCAACCUAAAAAUGAGUAUGCGUCAAUGAACUACAGCUCUACAACACACUGAUAACAAAAUGCAUUUCAGUUUAUACCACUGUAUCUUUAAAAAAAUAGACUUAUUGUAUUUACCUGAAAACUGGCUGAAUAUCACUACUACUUUCCAUUAUGUUGUUGGUUUUCAGUUAAUUUAAUUGUGUAAUUCAAUUUCAUUGGGACAGUAAACGUGUACAUCGUCUUUCAUUCUCUAAGAACUGUUUUACGCGUUAGCUACAGAGCUUACUACGUUAAUGAAGAACAAGAGUAGUUCAAUAUCAAGUAUCUAAUCAAAUGAAGUUGAGCUUUGUCCUCUUUUCUCACUACUUUUAAUGAGUAGUCUGUUGGAAACACGAGUAAAAUGGUAUUGUUAGAAUAAAUUGAUUAAUCUCAUGAAAUUUCCUAGAUGUACAUUGGAGAGUGGGAUUUGGAUUUUUACGUGUUACUGAGAAAGCAAAUAACACUGGAUUCAUGGAUAUAUCGAUAUAAUAAAAUUGCAUGAACGAUGAAUAAAGAUGGUGUGGAAUAUUCGGAAAAAUUCCAGUUUUUCCGCCUACAGGUUCUUCACUAACAUAGUGUGCUCUUAGAAUUUGUCCUCUGUUUAAGAUAAUCAUCGAUCCCACUCCAAAUAUUACCGUGUAACUAUUCUUACGGCUGCUUUUCAUAUGCAGUACUGUAUACCGGUUUUUUGCAUAACUGCGUCUUCACGUUUAUUUGUUUCCCAGUGUUUUCUGGAUUGUAUUGUGCUUCUCAAGUAUAGUUAUCCAUGAAUAUUGCCUAACAUCUAUCUAAGUUGAACUUAAAUAAAAUUAAUUUUUUAGAAAUCUUAAUCCCUUAUGUGCUUUCAAUGGCACUUUUCCAUCAGAUGUGUUACCUUACACAUGCUACAGUCGUUCUUAAAUUACUCACAUCAAUAAAAUAUUAGGACUGUUAAUUUAGUACUCUUCUUCAAGACAAACGGACAUUCAACAAGAAUAAUCUAUCACAAAAAACAUAAUAAUCAAAAUUGUUACUAAACUUCAAGAAAUUGAAUAAAUCAUAAGUUUGGAAUACUAUCUGCAUGUUUUUCGGGAUUUAUAUUGAUGAAUUUAUGUUUGCGUGUGUCAGCUUUCAUGGAUUAUCACUAUACCAAAUUGUUUUCAUCCUUAAGGAUCGAGUUUUCCAUCGAAAGAUUACCAAAGUUCUACCAGUAGUAUAAGCCUCAUAGCGUGGAAACUAGUAUAUUUCAACCUUCGAUUAUUGGAGUUUCUUGGUACACAUUCCCGUCAAUUGACUUUAAAAGCACUCAUAACUGGUUUUCGUUGUUAAAUAUUCUCUAAAAAUGAUUCAGCUAAAGAAGUUGGUAACGGAUUCUGCAUUAAAAUAAAGGUUUUUUAAAGAAUGGGGCUUGUUUUAAUCGCAGCAAUAUUGUACCUCAGAUCAAUCCAUCGAACUGCAAUCACAACGACAAUUACCCAAAUCAUUGCUUUCCACAACAAUAAUACUACUACUAUUAAAAUUAAAGGAUUAUGCACAUAGUAAAAUGGUGAAUUGCAGUAGCACAUUUUUGAAUUCUCGGGACUUUUGCUAGAGUAAAAGAAUGUAAUCCUUGAAAAUCCUAAAACAAAACAAUUAAUAAACUGGGUUAACUUUCAUAACUGCCGGCGAAAGUCAUAUUUAUUGCUUGUGUUGAAUAUUGAGAUUAGUUUGGAAUUUGUGCAAACCUUUAAGUUGGUUAGCAUUCUCUUUGUAAAUAUCCUCUGAAUAUUUGUUGACGAUUCUCCGUCAUUAUUUUAUUGUAAAUAUCAGUUUAAAAAUUUCAUAGACAUCAACCGUGAUAAAAAGCAUUUAAUUAGUUCAGAUGCGUAUAUUUUGAAACGGGCAACUCCAACUGAGUCCUUUCUUAUUUUGGUGUUACUUUUGUUCAUGUCUGAUUCUUCGAUAUCUUAGCAAACCUUUGGAGUGAUGUGAACGCUUUCUACUUCUUACCAUUUAGCAAAAAUUAUUUCUGCAACAACUCUUGUAUUUAUUAAUAACGACUUAAAAUCACUAUAACUUUAUUGUCAACCCCCCUCCAACAGUCACGUUUAUUGCAUUUGAUGUAACAAACUACUGGAUUCCUACAGUCUAUGGAUAGUUUUCGAAUGUAUAUCACUUUUUAAUGCAUCGUGUGCAGCUUUCCGGUGUUAACAUUUUCAAGACUUGUCCGAAAAUAAAUCAUAUUUAACUACUUUUUUGUAACCACAUUUUGUCUAGCCUUCAAGUUGUGAAAACAUAUCUUAUUGACUUAGUAUCAAAAGCGUGAUUAUCUUACAAAGUGAGGAUUGAUAGAACCGAGAUUCGGCGCAGCUGAUUGCAAAUGUGUAAACAAAACCCAGAAAUUGGUUUCGUUCAAUUUACUUGCUAGCCAACUACCUACAUGUUAACUUCAUUUUAAUAAUGCUUGUGGGCGUCUUUAAACUUGAUUGUUUUAAGGGUUGGUGCGAAGUUAUGUCGGUGUGUUGUCAAUUUAAUCGAUCUGCUAUAAUCGAAUUUCAAGCUGGAGUACACCAGAGAUUGUAGAGAACAAUUUUUCCCUUGUCAAAAAUUCUCAAAAUUCCAAUAUUUAUUUAGAAGAAUCAAUGGGCAAAAACGUGAAGGAUUCAGUCAGUUAAUUCUGUGAGAAGCUAAAUAAAGCUGAAAGGUUGUUAAGUCUAAUAUCCUGGAGUUGUAUUUUAUUUAAAUGUAAGUCAGCCAAUUUUACUUCAGUCCCGACAGAAUGUAAACGAGUUUACAGGAAUUUGCCGAUGUUUGCUUGCCAUAAACACAAUGUCAUGCGUGUAUGCGAUCGUGGAAUCUUGCUUCGUAAAUGUAAAUGAUUUGAUCUCAAGAGUCAUGUAAGGAAAAAAUGUUCUAUUAUGAAACAUAAACUGAAAUGUAAUAUGUUUGGUCGACUUAAUGUUGAUUAAUCGUAGCUUACUUCCUGUUAAAUGAUUAAUCUUAAGUGGGAAGCCUUGGAGUCUUCAAAGUCCGUACGGUAUUGAUAGAUUUAAUUGUUUGUUUACAUGGAUUGUUAUAGUAAUUAAGUGUCACUAGACAAGGAUAAAUUAAAUAGUGCUGAAUCGUAUUGAUAACCCCUUCAUGUUAUUGGUGUAAAUGUUUAUUUUGAACAACCGGGUAACAUGUAUCCAGAAGAAUAGCUGCUGUAAUCAACUUCGGUUUAAUGAAAACCAAGUGGAAAAGUUGUUACUCUGACAUCUACUAAAUAACCGUUGUAUAUAAAUCCAUCGUGCUAAAUAACUUUUAAUUGACCAGAUAUCUUGCAACUGCUUAAUCGAAUGAAUACUACACUUAUUUAAUUUGAAUUGUACUUAUUUAGUUACCAUCAUCAGCCUGCAUGACCGGUCACUAUACUUAGUACUAUGAAUAAUUCGUUUAGUUAACGUCUGCCACUAAAUUUGUUACUUAUUCGCCACUUAAAUGUUGAGUCUAAUUCUGUUGAUAAAGUUAUUGGGGUAAUAUAUAAAUGAUUCUAAAAGGAAUUUUGAUAAUCAUUAACAAUUUACCCUUAACUAACCCCAUUAAUUAUGUCGACAGUAUGUUCUAGUGAAGUUCCUAUAUUUGAAAUUCGUUGUACUAUCACUGUCAGCGUUUGGAAUAUGAAGAAAUUGAAAUUUUGAACAACUGAGUUGAUCACAAAUUAAAUAUGUUAAUCAUUGUUUAUUUAUUCUUAGUUUUAUGAAAAAUUUCCUUGUUAGUAAACGCUUUCAAAAAAAGUUUGUUUCCCAUAUUUCCACUUGUUUUUAUAAUCCAUUUAGUGUAUCUGCUAAAACCUUGGUUUUAUCUUGAUAUUAUGAAUGAUCAACUGCGAAAUAUUAUUUCUCCUUGUUAUUUUUUUGAAAAUACAUAAUUUUUUCAGAGGAUUCGUUUGUUUUGAAAUUCCAGUUGAUGUUUCUCUUGGAGUCUGGUUAUCGCCUAACUCGAUUAUAUAAGUCUAAAAUUCGAUUUAGACACAUCGAUUGUGUAAACUAGGAGAAAGAAUUAUUGCCAGUACUUUGAUUAGUACAUGUCCUCUGUAUGAAACACAUUUAAGAUCCAAUUUAACCUACAAUUUUACUUAUAUUCGCUCACAUAUGCUUCAGUGUCGGACAUCAUUUCUUGAAAUACAACUUAUACGGAUUAGGGCUUCAGUCAAAUCAAAUUGUCCACUAACAAAUUUGUUGACUAAUUGAUCUCAAAUCUCUACUUUUGCAAGUCAGAUUCCGAAAUGUAAGUAAACCUUUAUUGUAUUACAGGUGAUUGGUUUAGAUUCCAUGUUAAUGGGAUUUAAACUGGACGAAUAAUGCGAUUUGGUUGUCUCAACUUAGUUGCCGUAAUUUUAUUGUUUCACUAUAAUCAAAUAAACAAUUCAUUGAUGAAACCUGCUAAAAAGGAGUGUAUGACAAAGCAAUUUUGUUGUACGUACCCGCCUACGCGAUAUAGUUCUAUUUGAAUUUUCCUGUUGAUAUUUUCGACUGAAAUGUGAUCAGUCUUGGUUAGUAUAUGGGCAUCCUGUACGGAUUGCCUCGACACAGCCAUUAUGUCACAAGUUGAUAUUGAACAGGUGGGAUUUGGGUGGCAGUGAAAUGCAGGACUCGUGGUUUUUCCUACUUGGGACUCGUCAUCUGGAUAUGCUAUUAGAUGCAGGUACACCCGGCUGACGAGUCCUAAAUAAGAUGAAAUUCGUGUCCUGGGUCCCACUGCUACACACAUUUCAUUUAUUGUAUGUUUACGAGGUAGUUUUGUUAGGUUAUUCAAAGUCGAGCAUCUUAAAUAAUGUAUUAGGGACUUACUCAAUGUUAAUGUUAUACUGUAGGCUGAACUAACAGUACUUAGAAUCUUCAUAAAGUUGCAGAUAUUAUCAUAGAUUUACCUCGACAGGCAUAAAAAUAGGAAGUAUGCAUUUCACAAAUCGAAUAAUCAAAGAUCAAACAUAUUGGCAUGAAUUGUACUCUAGUAAGUAAUUAUCUGUUUAGCAAUUUAUAAAUAUUUUUCUACCUAUACAGGAUUUUAUUUAAACUACAUCUACAUAUCAAGAGUAAUGGUGAAGGUGGUGUAUGCAUUGUUUUUAACGGUUUGUAUACUGUUCGCAGUGUUUAAUGUAAGUUAUUGAUUAAAUUAUUAAGUAACUUCGGUUAUGCAUGAGGUUCUUCCAGGCUUUAGUAAUUGACAAGUGGUAUCUUGAAGUGUUGCUCACUUGUCAUUAUCUGACAAGGUGUAAUAUUGUUGAUACAACUUUCAUGGAUCAAAGUUUUGAAAGGAGUCCUAAGCACCUUAGUGAUUGCGCUUAACCAACAGGCACUAAUUUUGAAUUUCACGUCGUUAAUUCAAAACAAGAUUUCCUACUAGAAGGUUUGACAAUUAACGGAUAUAGUAAUGAUGAAAUAAUCAAAUUAUGAGUUUAUAUAAAAAUGAAGUUGGUGCAUGUUUGAUGAUAAAGUAGACCAAGUAAUAUGGCAUCAGGAGUGCAACAAACAAAGAGUCAUAAGUUUCAUCAAAUAAAUAACAAACGUGUUUAUGACGUGUCAAGUAAAUGUGAUGAAUUCUCUUCAGUCCCGUGAUAAAUAGCGGUAUAAUGAACUUUGGUAAUUUUCAUGAAUAGACUAAUAUCUCGUCGAUUUAAAUAUUCGUGGAUAUCAUGUAAAAGGUGAAGAAACUAGUUGAUGCUAAUGAUCUUCAUCAAUAUGCAAAAGAUUUUGCGGGAUAUUUGCCAUCCAAGUUUAUGAUUUUCCAUCAAACUAACCGGUAUUACAGUGCGCGUUCAACUUUCAAGGUGUUUUGAUUUGUUGGGUUUAUAAUUCAUUUUAACCAGUGUAUACUAUUCUUAGUGUAAUUCUUAUCAAAGUAUGAUUCAAUUUUUUGAAUUAGCCACUCUAGUCAUUCAUUUCUUAAAGCACAGAAAAUCCGUCUAAAUAACAAUUCUAUUGCCAAGCACGUUUAACUUUACUGUUUUUCUAACGCGUUACCAGAGUACAACAUGGUAUUCAAUCAUUUCGUAGAAAUGGUGCUUUUAUUUUGUAUAGUUUAUUAUCUAUUGUCUAUACGCUUAACAUCUGAAUUAGAUUUCAGUCGAAAAUUGCCAAAAUAUGAUUAAUAUGAUCUACUUACCCUUAGUCAAUCUUUAUAAGUAGUAGUCUGUGUUCAUUCUGAAGAAAACAUAAGUUUUAUUGGCAAGUUAGUCAUCGCAUAUCAUCAGCUGCACAUUCUUAUUUAGUCAGUGAAACAAACUUUUUAAUUCUAAUACUUUGCUUAUAGUUACGAUAUAAUCUGUCCAGUAAAAACACAUCAACUAUUUCGUUAUUCUGUGUAAAAAUGUGUUCAAAAUUCCAAUGUUUUUUUUCCAUAUAUUCUUACAUAAAAUCUUCUAUGUCCCGUCAAAUGUCACGUGACUGAAUCACCAAUUAGAACACCGAUUUAUGUAGAUUUGGCACUGUGCCAAACCAGUGACGCAUUAACCAGCACGAGCAGCCUAGAGUCAACUCUAAGUCUUUACUGGUUCCCCUUGCCGUGUCUGUUGAGUCCAGAACACAAUCUCAGCUCAUACCAUAAGUCAUAUAUUUCAGACAUACUUGGCUUAUAUACAACAAAAUCAGACCGCAACAUACCACACAAUAGAAAAUAACAAUCAUUCAAGUUCAAGCCAAAGGUGGCUAUGAGUGGGAAAUACUGCAAUCAAUAGAUUAUGGGCAACUUAAGAAUAGUAAAUCGUGCAACAGUAGCCAAUAGGUCAAUUGAAAGCUUAUAAUAAGAGACAUAAUCUAGUUAAUUAAUAGUUAUACAGUAAGAAUAUACAUAUGAUAACAGUCUUUAAAUCGUUCCCAAAAUCAUGUAAAUGUCUUCCGUAGUCAAACUACACAUAAUUUAAACUGGAUAACAAAUAGCUAUACUUUUCUGUCCUAUAUUUUAUCCAUUACUAUAAGUCUACAAUAAAAACAAAUGACAAUAAUUCAUUUGAUCAUCAAUUAACACUCAUUAACUAACCAUCUUUAUUCAAUUCAUCAUACAAAAUAUAUCCUGUAUUUUAAUUUGUUCACAG